UGUGUUUCCGGAAGGAGGCUCGGAUGAAGCGCAGCAGCUACAUCCACAAAACCAUCUCACAAUCAAUAGAAAUCGAAAAUAGUGAGCUGCUGCCGCCGGUGCAGGAUGUCAGGUCAGAAGCGCCCCAGCGAUCCCAGCAGCUCUGCCUCACUCAGCGCUCCUCCAGAGAAGAAGAAGGGCGCUGAGGAUGGAGAGGGAAUGAGCACUGGAUCUGGAGGAAGCACUGCCACUGCUGUAGAAACGGUCAUCAAACUGGGUGGAGGGUCCAACCAGGAAGAACAAGAUAUUAAAGCUCUGCAGAUCAAAAACAGGAAGUUGGGAGAAGCCCUUGACCAAAGACAGGUGAUUGAGGAUGAACUGAGGGAGAGAGUUGAGAGGUUGGAGACUCGUCAAGCGACAGAUGACGCGAGUUUGUUGAUUCUAAACCGAUACUGGAACCAGUUCGAUGAAAAUGUGCGAUUAAUUGUGCGUCGCUAUGACCAAUCAGGGAGUGAGCCUGUGGAAAGCCAACCUCCUGAAGGACGCAGCUUAAAACCUGGAACACCAGAACCGGAUGGAGACUCAAACCAGGAGAGAGCAAAAGACAGAGGUCAACAGGGGGAGGCAGCGAGCUCUUUUCUGGCCAUGUUGGCCAGCAGCACCAGUGAGGAGAUAGACGCAGAGCUGCAGGAGCGAUUGGAGUCCAGCUGUAAGCAGGCCAGACGUGUGGUAGAAAUCUACGAGAACCUGAAGAACACAGUAGACCAGCUAAAGAAAGAUAUGGAGUCUGGAACAGAUGGCAGUCUCUGGGAUGUCGCUGUCUGCCUCAACACCCUCCUGACCGAUGAGAAUGAACGUCUCCGGCAGCUGACCGACAGCCUCCAGCAGAAGCAUAGUCACAUGACCAGCGAGUCUCGUCCGCUGGGCCGCGCGGCGAAUCGUGCUGAUAACAGAAUCAGCGAGCUGCAGGUUCUCAUUGAGGAGCUGCAGUGGGACAUGGAGAAAAUCAGACGGAGAGAGAAUCGUCUUAACACGCACCUUGCAGAGGUGCUGGAAAGGGUGAACAGUAAAGGUUAUAAGGUGUAUGGCGAAGCAAGCAGUGUAUGUGGAACCAUCACGAUCAACAAAAGAAAGUUUGAGGAGAUGAACAGUGAGUUGGAGCAGAACAGAGAGCUGGCAGAUAAUCGGCUUGGUGAGCUCCAGAAGCUGCAGCAGGACCUGCAGACGGUUUACCAGGAGAACAAUAACAUGAAGGUGGAGCUGUUGUCCAGGGCUGAGGAGGUGGCCAGAGAGAGCGCUGAGUAUCACUGUCUGCAGUCUCAGUUCUCUGUGCUCUAUAAUGAAUCACUGGUGCUGAAAUCUCAGAUGGACGAGACCAAAGCUCGACUCAACACGACCAGGAACGCCCGCCUGCGCCAGCUGGACCACAUGGAGAAUGACGAGGUGUCCUUGCAGCGUAAGGUCCGUACUGAAGUGAUUCAGCUGGAAGACACGUUAGCACAGGUGCGCAAGGAGUACGAGAUGCUCAGGAUCGAAUUUGAGCAGACGUUAGCUGCUAAUGAACAAGCAGGCCCUAUAAACCGUGAGAUGAGACAUUUGAUCAGUACACUGCAGACUCAUAACCAGCAGUUAAAGGGAGAAGUGGUUAAAUACAAACUCAGACUGAGAGAGGCUCAGCAAGAGCUCAACCAGCUGCGUGCUGCCAAAGGCAAUGCUGCUGUCCAAUCACAGUCCAGCACAGAGAUGGAUGUGAAGGAGGAGACCGCCUCCCCACACACACCUGCCCCGACAGGUGACGUUACUGUGAAGACAGAGCCAGAUAGCGGCUCCGCCACACCCAGCACCACUGGUACAGCCUCGGAAGAGAAAGAGGAGCUAGCUGACCAGUUGCUCACACUCAAAACACAGGUGGACGCUCAGCUGCAGGUGGUUCGGAAGCUAGAGGAGAAAGAGCGCCUCCUGCAGGGCACCAUCAGCGCUGCGGAGAGGGAGCUGGGGCUCCGCACACAGGCUUUAGAGAUGAACAAACGCAAGGCGCAGGAGUCGGUGCUGCUCUCGGAGGAGGUGCGCUCUCAGCUGGAAGGGGUGCAGCAGAGGUUGAGUGCGGUCAGAGAGGAGGUGAUUGAGAACAGCAUUUCUCGAGAAAAGGAGUCUUUCAAUGCCCGACGUGCACAGGAGGACAUAUCCAAACUGCGCAGGAAGAUCGAGAAGGCCAAGAAACCUGCGGAGAACAUUCGAAAUGGAGAUGAGAUCCUGAAUGAAGAAAUAAACGAUUACAAGGCCCGGUUGACCUGUCCAUGCUGCAAUUCACGUGUAAAGGACGCCGUUUUGACAAAGUGCUUCCACGUUUUCUGUUUUGAGUGCGUGAAGACGCGCUACGACACUCGUCAGAGAAAGUGCCCAAAGUGCAAUGCUGCAUUUGGUGCCAACGAUUUCCAUCGCAUCUACAUCGGAUGAGAUUUAUGAUCCACGGUAUCUGCAUCUGUUUGGUCCAGUUGCUCAACAUUGUUUGGAGGGUGGAGCUUGUCCUGUAACGUUGGGAGAACAUCAACAGUUUUACAUUCCACUUGUUUUUUUUCUCUACAAAGACAUCCAACAUUUUCAGUAGAUGUUCCAGCAUCGGUUUAGCAGAACUAACCUGGUCACAUUCCACAGGUUGUCCUAGCCAACAUUUCUCACAACAUUUCUGCUGCUUGCUUCCAGGAGUGUACUGAAUGCUCGCUGACAUUUGU